GUGCUGCCUUGUGUCUGGAUGCAGAUGUUAAAAUUAGGCGUUAUGGACAAGUACACAUUUUGUGAUUUUUCGUGAGUGCGAGGUGAGCAUUUCUGACGCCUUCCGUGCAGGAGGUGAGAGAAACUACAUCACGUUUACUGAAUUGUCAGAAUUCUGAAGCAAAUUACAAGUGGUGAAUAAACAAUUUGGAGAAGGACUUGGGAGAGUAUGUAACGGGAAUGAAAUUUUCUCAACUCUGUAAUGGCAUCUAAUUCAGCUGUGGAAAUUGACAGUGAGAGUGAUAGCUCUUCUUCUGGUAGCAGCUUAUUUAAAACUCAGUGUGUCCCUUACUCACCUAAAAGGGUGCAAAGAAACCGUACUAGAAAGUUUGUUCAUUCACCUAAAGUUGCUCAAGCAAGGGAUUCAUCUAGUGACUCAUCUUUCGAACCAAGACCAUUGACUUUAAAAGCUAUUUUUGAGAGAUUCAAAAAAAGAAAACGUAAAAAGAAGAAAUACAAACCAACAGGAAGACCAAGAGGAAGACCAACAGGGAGAAAAAACAGUAGACGUUCCCAAAUAAAUAAGAAACAAGUUCAAGACAAAGGAUCUGGGUUCCCAUUUUUAGAAUCCGAGAAUGCAAGAAAACCAUUACCUUGGAGAAAGAUUUUAACCUUUGAGCAAGCAGUGGCAAGAGGAUUUUUCAACUACCUUGAAAAACUGAAGUAUGAAUACUACCUCAAGGAAUCCUUGAAACAAAUGAAUGUUGGUGAAGAUUUAGAAAAAGAAGAUUUUGACAGUCGUAGAUACAAAUACUUGGACGAUGAUGGAGCUCUCUCGCCUAUUGAAGAGUCCGAAACAGAGGAUGGGUCUGCAACAAAUCUUGAACAAAAUGACGAAUGUGAUAUCAAAUUGGUGGACCAUAAUGAUUUCAUUAUAAGUUCUCAAGUACCAAAGAUGAAGAAUGUGUAUUUAGAACAAGAGGAAUGUACUGAAGAAGCUGCUUUGUCAAAAAGAGCAUCAAAGUCUAAAAACAUUGGACAGAGGAUAGAAUGGUCUGAAAAGAGCUAGGAAUAUGAAUGUUAAAGUAAAUAGAAGAGAGAAAACAGCUUUUCAUAGAAAGUAAAGAUGAUAAAUACAAAUACAUAUGUUGGUGUAGUGAUAAAAGAGAACCUGCUAAGGAAAGAAGAAAAUCUGAACAAGUUCGUGAAACUCCUAAAGAAUUACUAGAAAAAAUAUUUUAAAACACAGUGAAAUUAUCACAGAAAAUUGAGGCUUGCAUAGCAGAAAUAAUCACUUGAGAAAUCAUAAACAGAAGAUCCAUUUUGCCUAUACUUGUUCAUUUCAGGGUAAGCACUUCCAGGUGUUCGUUGUGCAUUCAAAUCAAGGAAGUACAGAGAUUGUAAUCCUGAAACAGUAAUCACUAAUGAUGGACAACCAACCAUCCAUUCCUCAAGAGUACCCGAAACCAUUUUGAUGGCUAUUUCACUCAAAAAAGUGACCUUUAGCUUCAAAUGUAUAGUACUGUAAUAACUUACUAGUUAUCUAGACUCUUUCAACUACCAAUUUUCAUCACUACUGUAUAUUGCUGAUUGUGCCACUAAAUGUCUACUAUAUUUUAUGAUUGCACUUUUGCUGUUUUUGUUUAGUUUGUGAACAAAGACUUAGACAAAGUGCAAAAAAUAAAUCCUCUUUUGCAACCCAGAA